AAUACUAGUUUGAUAGUUUCUUUAAUAUACUAAAUUUCUAUGUUUGAAAACUAUUUUGAGAUAAUCCCUGAAGCCGGAACUCUUUUGUGGCUGUGAGGUGAAGAAGUGAUACGACGGUAAACACUGAGUGCGGGCGCUGAGUGCUGAUUAACAUUUUAUCCAUAUGAUGCGUGUUUUUACUAUAAACAAAACAAUACUGUUUGCUCCACGAGAACAUGCAUGUGCAGCGCACGACCAAAUGAUAUUGGAAAAAAAUGCAGAAUUGGGAUGAGCGCUAGAUAGCAUCAGUGUGGAAAGUUUUUUAUAGUCACAGUGGUGAGAAUAUAUUUUUUCAGACAGUUUCAGAGGUCGGAAAAGAUUUAGACAGCAGUAGCUUAAAGCAAAUUAUUUUUAGAAAGCAAAGAUGAUAAACUCUUCAGAUAGAAGUGGAGAUAACAAGUGAGUGAGAGAUGGGACAACGAUGAGAAUUAAUGUGCAAAAUGUUGGUCACCGGGAGGUCCUAUCGCUGCACCUGCCACUCAUCAUUGGAGAGAUUGAGUCCGCAUCACCUCCCAGUCAGACUCAUGUGGAAGCUUGGAACGCCUCAUGGCCACAGUAUGCAAGAACACAUUGGCCAGUAAUUGACAGAACAUUCAAAGCUCUUGUAAGACUGGGCAUUGGAGAAAAUGUUAUACAUUUAAAAUUUGAAAAUGAAAUAUCAACGAUCCAUCUCAUCCGUAAAAUGCCACAUUUUGUCCAUUUUGUCCGUCCAGUGUACAUUGUUUGUUCAGACAACGAUGGCCAUUUCCAGGCCCCGGCUGACGAGGACUGCUCUCCUAACAGUGCGCUGGAAAGAAUCAAACUGGGUGCCAUGAUGAUACAGACAUUCACUGCAGAGAAGAUGAGAGAACAUGGGUUUGGGAGACAGAACUUCCAUCUGGAACUGGAUGAAUGUGGGGAACCUGUCUGUCACAUAUUUCAGAGUAAGCUUACAUUGGAACAAGCUCACAGCAAGACAGGGAAUGAACUUUGGACCUACUUUGCAAAGGAACUGAUGAGCUCUGACCUCAGCAAGAAAGAAACCUGCAAAUGGUUUUGUUUCAUGUCUUUCACCAGGUAUUUUCCUCCAGAAGGCAGAAUGCCGAAAACUCAUGGAGAGGUUUUGAGUAAUACCCGCGGCCAUACAGCAUUAGGAGGUGGGGGUCUUGCCCUUUUUGGGACUGGUAAUCUUCACACCUGGGCUCCCUCAGUGGAACAGGUGUAUGCCUACUUCACGAACAACAAGAAGAUUGAUCGUAAUGAACUCAUGGAUGACAGUGCUUACAGAGAGUAUUAUUGGGCCAACUAUGCAACAGGGCUUGGUGCUUCUCUCCACGAACUUGGACACACCUUUGACCUCGCGCACACACCGACGGGUAUAAUGGCACGAGGAUUUGAUGACAUCUACAAGGUCUUCACGAUACGGAAGUCGCGGACCCGGGACCGCAGCAAGACCCGGCACCACUACCGAAGUGGAAGUCGUGACAGCAACAUCUCAAGAACAUCCUCCACAAGCAGCGUGGAGAGUGUGACAGGAAGUAGCAAUCAGUCUGCAGAAGAAAGCCCGGAUCCAGGUCAAGGGUCGGGUCAGAGGUCAGGCAAAGUUCAGUCUAUAACUCAGGGUCAAAUUCAGCAACAAAGCCAAACACAUCAACGACCUACUCAGCUAAAUAAAACCAAGGACAUAUGUUUUGGAAGUCCACUCAGGAAGACUAAUCAUACCAACAAUUACAUAGCACCUCCACCAGUAAUGGUCAAGAUGGAGAAGGGGUUUACACCAGUCAAGUCUCCAUCUACACUGACCUUCAGUGUCAAGAACUAUGAUGGGACACAGCAGCACAAGGUUGUUACCCAUGACGACGGGAUAGAGACGGUAACAGACAUGCUACUGGGAACAGAUGGUCGUCUGCUAGCUAAAUCCACAACCAGGGAGCGUACAUCGUCAUGUUCUUCUGUGAGCUCUACCUCUUCUCCUCAUUCACCUGUAGCAACAAUUCCUUCCAACCUCCCAAACUCGCCUGAAGAGCCUCUUGUCUUCCCAGAAGUCACAUUUAAAGAUGGCGGUGCCCACUGGUAUCGAUCCUCUGCUGUGCUUCUCUUCUUCCACAAGUGGUUUAAUAAGGCCAACCCAAAUGAUCCUAAAAGGCAGCCAACAAUAUCAGGGUCAAAGGUUAUGGCCCUUGGAGGUAUACGCCUUGUGGAGUUGCGGAGUGAUCCUGAGGGCGUUGUAUUUUUCCACUGGGAGUUUCUGCGGGAAACUCCACCCACAAACUUUGUCCUCAAGUUGUCUGCGGUACAGAACCUCCCAGCGGGGGCAGCAGUGGUAACAGUCCUGGUUGAAGACAGCUAUGGCAAUAUCACAAGGCGUAAGGUACGAUUGGAAGACUUCCAGAAGUAGCUCCGCCCACUCUUCAGAUGGCACCUAGCUAGGUGCCAACACCCACAGGGUAGUUAAAAUGUGGGGUUUGUAAUUUGUUUUUAUAUAUAAAUGUUUGAUUUAUAACUAAUCACAUUGCAACCGAGGUCAUUAUUGAGUUACCUUGAAUGGGAAAUUUAUCAAAAAUUGGUUGUUGUUUUUUAAAUAGUAAAAAGGUUACCUAAAUAGUGGAAAUUUUCAUGUUGUGAAAAGUUUUGCUAAUUUUACAUGAAACAUAUGCACCAGUUAAAACCCUUAAAGCUGAGAGUAAAAGGCUAUUUUCAUUAUUUUUUAAUCAAUAUCAAAAACUAGAGAUGCCACUAUUUGUAAGAUUAGAAGAAGAAAAUAAGAAAAAUGGAAGGGUCAUUUUAAGUUUUGAUUGGUUCAGGGCCCCAUGGCCCCUUCCGAGAUUAUGACACCCCUUGAAAAAUGUAUUGUCACUGCAAAUAAUUUUAAGAGUCAGAACAUUAUCUGAUAGGAAUUAUGAUUGUUUUGAUGUUUAAAAAUUAAUUGGAGUUUGAAAAUCUGUGAAGACAUUGCAUUGCAUCCAUAGUGUUUAUUUCACACUUUUUGUAACUAUAACUUCUAAUCAACUUUUGUUAAAUGAAGACUGGAUUGCCUGUCCUAGUUCCAGUAAUCUCCACUAGGCUUCACUUAUUGAUACUAAGACAGGUCCAGACUGACAUUUUGGUCAGGAUCAAGUUCAGCUGGCAUUGAUUGGUCGAUUCAAUCAAAGAAUUUUUUGUUUGGUUGGAGCUCAAGGAUUCAGUCUUGUUUCUGUUGGAAGUAUAUAUGAAGGAAGUGCUGGUGAAAUUUUGACAAAAAUAUGUCAUGGAAAAUAUACCAAAAUAAAUUUUAAUGUUUUUUUUUCAAAAUUAAUAAUUUCUUACAUAUACUGUGAGAAUGAAAGCAGUGCACACUUCGAAAAUUACCAACAUAGGGCCAUCAGUAGAAAUCCGGAUUUGAUUUUUCUGCAAAACAGAUCAAACCCCAUCUUGAAAAGGAAUAUUCCUGUUGAAAAUCUACAUGUGUCAGCUGAUCGAAACUCACAGGCAAUCCAGUCUAUUGUCAAACAUACCUCAGACAGUACUGUCAAACCCUUCUGGUUCCUGGACUGUGAUAAAACUAUAGGAUCUUUUAUAUUGUACUUGUAUAGAUGUUUUCAGUGAAUAGAUCUGUCAUUUAGUUAAUCAGAGUAACAUGUGAAUACUUACCAACACUCAGUAAUUAAUGGACACUGUCAAAUCUCACACGCUCAUGACCCCACGUCAAAUGUAACAAGUUAAUGCCGGUGACUAAAGUGAAUAUUUCAUAACCACUGUCAAAGGUCAGUAAUUCAUAACCACUGUCAAAGGUCAGUAAGUCAUAACCACU